AUGGAGAUGACUCAGGUCUUGGCCGCCCGCGCGCCUGUGUUCCAGCCGGAUUUGGACAGCUCCGAAGUCGCAGAGGCGGGAUGUCCGGUUUUUCCUUCUCGCUGGGUUUAUGAGUUGUGGUUAGGCGAGGUGGGGGGGAGAAAUGUGAUUGGUUGGAUUGUCGCGGGGCACACACCAAUUCUCCUCCACUCUCCUACCUCCGAAAACGCCCUCGCCGGCGAACCGUACCCGACAGACAGAUACUUUUACCCGCCGCCGCGGAUAGAGUGUGGGGACUGCCCGAUCGACACCGGAACCCUGUUCGUCGAGUUAGUCCGACUUAGCCCUCCUCCAAAGUCUCUCUUAGUCGUGCCUGUUACUCGACCGAAAAAGGCCCUAUCUUGA